AUGGGUCGCAAGUUUUAUGUGCAAAGGUUGGAGAUAAAAGAACUAGAGUCCGGUUCUUUGGAGUCAUUACCAGAGGAAGAAGAUAAAGAAGCUUAUGGUGAUGGUGAUGGUGAUGGCAGUGAUGUUGAAAGUGAGAGCAGGAUAAAAAGGCGUAAGGGAGAUAAUUUGGAAAGCGUAGAGGAAACUAAUGGAUCGACUUCACAAGGACUUCCAGAACAAAUUCUGUUGUGGAUUGAGACUUCAAUCGACCGGUUACACAACACGGACGUUAAGAAAUCGCUAAAUAAUAAGAAACUUUAUUUGGUACUGGAUCUUGAUCACACAUGGCUAAAUUCCACCCAGCUGAAUCAUAUGACGGCAGAAGAAGAAUAUUUGAUGAGCCCACCAGAUUCGCUGCCAGAUGAGUUGAAAGGCAGCCUUUUCAGACUGGACUGUAUGCGUAUGAUGACCAAGUUAAGGCCCUUCAUUAGGACAUUUUUGAAGAAAGCCAGUGAAAUGUUUGAAAUGGUGAUAUCACGUGAUGAUGGUACCCAAAAACAUCAAAAGGGUCUAGAUAUUGUGGUUGGGCAAGAAAGUGCUGUUCUGAUACUGGAUGAUACAGAAAAUGCAUGGAUAAAGCACAAGGACAAUCUAAUUAUGAUGGAAAGAUAUCAUUUCUUUAGAUCUAGUCGUGCCCAAUUUGGGUUCACUUGUGAGUCUCUUUCAGAGUUGAAGAGUGAUGAGAGUGAGCCUGAAGGCGCUCUUGCAAAUGUUCUUGACCUUCUUAAGCGAAUCCACAAGAUUUUCUUCUAUGAAUUGGGAGGCAAUCUUAUAGAUAGAGACGUAAGGCAGGUUCUGAAAACUGUUAGGAAGGAAGUCUUGAAGGGGUGCAAAGUUGUUUUCAGCCGUAUAAUUCCUUCAAAAGUCCAGGCUGAUAAUCAUCUCCUGUGGAAGAUGGCGGAGCAGCUGGGAGCCAUAUGUUCAACCGAAGUGGAUUCAUCAGUGACCCAUGUAGUUGCAUUAGAUGCAGGAACAGAAAAGUCUCACUGGGCAGUAAAUCAAAAUUCAAAACAAGUUUUUGGUCCAUCCUCUGUGGCUUGA